AUGGCAGAUUAUGAGAAAGCCAGACAGAAGGCCAAAAAGGCUGAGACAUCCUCCUGUCUCAGUUCAGAAAAUGACACCAUGCUGGGGAAAUGUAAUCGCAAAAGGAAACCAAACUCACGGCACCCUGAUCAGGGCCACACUUCAUCUGAAGAAGUGAGUAAAAGAAGAAAGGGCUCUGUACCAGUUCCACCAUCCCCGCCAUCACCUCCAUCCCCACCAUCUCCGCUGUCGACACAAAUUUCACCAGCCCCGCCUAUUCCCCCUGCACCACCUGGCCCACCAGCACCAGUUCUCUCAAGAAGGCAGACUAUUACACGCAAAGUAUCUGGCAACAGUUGGGGGUACAAGCGUAACCUCCAACACCAGACGUGUUCUGGUCUGCAUGCUGACCAUUCCACUUGCCCAGCAACUGUGCUGGAAGGGCUCUGGCCAGAAGAUGGCCUUUGGACAGAUGUUGGUCUGCAAAGCAGUUAUAGAUGCUGUGACAAAAAGUAGCCAAGCUACUGCAUGUGAGGUGGAAGCCUCUAUAAAAACAUGGCUCCGUAAUGCCAGGGACAGAGAUGGGGGAAGGCAAGGAAGGGCCAGAACUGCAAUACCUACUGGUGCCUUUGAGGAUUGAUUUUUAAUAAUUUACAUUGAUGUGUUUUAAGUGUUCUGUGUAACUGUUU